CAGGUUGAUGCAGAUAAUAGGUACACCUUGUAAGUAGAAGGUGCCUUAACCAGCUCUGAAGCUGGCCAUGGGGGCUGCCACGAAGCAGCUGAUGUGCCCCAUGCCUGUGCAAGGUGAGCAGUGCAUCUUGGGCAUUGUAGUCCCUGAAAACAAGCUCUUGAUAUUUCUGGAGCCUGGUGAAAUUGAGUAGGUCAGGCUUUCUUGGCUCCAUCCUGGCAUCUUCCUUGAACCAACGUGAAAUUGACAAAGAACAGGUUGUGGAGUUUCCAAACAGCGCCAGUGCUCAGCACCACGGAGCCAACCGCGACAUCGAAAAAGGGAGACGCUGCCCCACCACUGCCCCCGGACACCUUUUUUUUGUGGCGGGGAAGACCCAUUUUCCAGGAGUUACGGAGACGCCGACUGUGGACGCCAAAGAUGAAGGCCCACUUUCCCACCCUGUUUAUGGCAUGAUCUUUCCCCCCCUUCUUUCGACAAAAAGCUGGAUGCCGACAACGAAUGUGAUUUCCUCGACUCCCCGGCAACGUAGCUGUUGAAAGAGAGGAGCCGAGCUUCAGGAAGUUCUUGUCCUUGACCCAGCUGGUCACUUGGGUGAUAAAACCUGCCGAAAGCACUUUUGACAGCUGACCCUGCCGGUCCGACUCUGCACCAUGAUUGGGCAGGUUCUCCUCUUGCUCACAGUCUCCGGCUCCCUCGCCAGAGUGUUGGAGUCCCAGGGCAGCCUGACGGCCGUCCUGGGCAAAGACGUCUUGCUGCCUUGCUCCUUCCGGGCCACGGAGGAAGGGAAGGUGGUCCAGGUCACCUGGCUGAAGCGGGCCGACGACGGGCAGGCGGUGGAGCUGGGGGUGCUGAACCUGGACCACGGCAUGCACCUCCAGGAGCCGUACCAGGGACGCGUCCUGCGGCACUCCCAGGAGUCGCUGGAGGACGGCUCCAUCCUGCUGAAGAACGUGGUGCAGGCCGACGAAGGGACCUACGAGUGCCAGCUCAUCACCUUCCCUCUGGGCAACUUUGAGUCCAGCCUCACCCUCAAGGUCCUAGUGCCCCCCUUGCCGACGUUGAACCUCGGCCCCCCACUGGAGGAAGGGCAAGGCCGGACCUUGGCCGCCUCGUGCACGGCGGAAGGCAGCCCAGUGCCCAUCAUGACCUGGGAGACGGAAGUCCGGGGCACGUCGACCUCCCGCCAGUCCUCGCACCCGCGCUCCUCCUCGGUCACCAGCGAGUUCUACGUCGUCCCCGGGCGCAGCAUGCACGGCAAGGCCCUCACCUGUGUCGUCUCUCACCCGGGGCUGCAGCACCAGAAGCGGAUCACUCACACCCUCAACGUUGCAUAUCUCUCCGAUGCUUCGAUCCUGGGCCACGAGUCGGAGGAAGAUUGGAUCGCCGGCAGAGAGGGGGCGUCCCUCAAGUGUCUCUGCGAUGGAAACCCUCCGCCGACCUACAACUGGACUCGGCUUGAAGAACCCCUCCCGAGUGGCGUGAAGAUCAAAGGUGACGCGCUGCUCUUCCAAAGGCCUCUCAGCGCCCAGGACGAAGGCGUCUACAUCUGCCACGUGGCCAACAGCUUUGCCAGCAAGGAGGUCCAAGCCACCGUCAGCAUAAAAGCUAACCAGGCCAAGCAAGUGGACGUGGUCUCAGUCUCCAUGAUAGGGGCCGGUCUCAUUGCAGUGGUGUUGCUGGGCCUACUCAUCCUGGUUGUUGUCCUGAUGACCUGCUACCACAAGCGGAAAACCAAGCGCAUCACCAAGAAAUAUGAAGAAGAGCUGACGUUGACGCGGGAGAACUCCAUCCGGCGGCUUCAUUCAAGCCACAGCACAGACACGCGGAACCAGACAGAAGAAAACCUCCCUCUGAGGUCCGAGAGCCGGCAGGGGAGUUUCCGGGGCGACAGCCUGUGCCGCGAAAGCCUGUGCCGUGAUAGCCGGCAGGGCAGCUUCCGAGCCGACAGCCUGCGGGAAACCAGCCUCUGCUCCAUCAUAGGCGAUGACGCGGAGGGACGCAGCUACUCCACCUUGUCAACAGUGCGGGAGAUUGAAACGCAGACGGAGCUGCCUCCGACGCCCCCCACUCCGAUCCAGGAGAACCAACUGGAGAAGGAGAAGGCGGAGAAGGAGAAGGCGGAGAAGGAGAAAGACGAGGAGGAAGAGCGGGACGGGGAGAACAACAUCAAGCAGGCCAUGACGCACUUUGUGCAAGAGAACGGCACCCUCCGGGCCAAGCCCACGACCAAUGGCAUCUACAUCAACGGCCGGGGACAUCUGGUGUGACGCUUGUGCCCGCUAUGGAUUUCUGGGACUCGGCAAAGCACUGAACCUUUCCCCCAGAUGCCUGCUGGCAUCUCCCAGUGGUAGGGGACAAGCAGCCCUUGUGACUGAGACAUCCUCCUUCUGAGCCACUCGCCCCUCCCAGCUGCACUGCAAAGAUUUUACAGUUGACUUUGGACGUCCGCAGAGGCCUGAGCAUCCCUUUCUGCUUUCUCCGGGGACCUUGUCCAAGCCAUGGUCAUAUCCUGCUUUGGAGGGGGAAAGGCUCAUCCCACAGCAAUCUAGGGACCUGGCAACCCCCUAAAAAACAGUUUCGAGGUUGGGAAACGUUCCCUUCUGACUUCAAAGGGAUGAUUACAGUGCCCAGCCUGUGUCUUGUCUUGUUUUUAAGAAAUCCUUUGAAGCUGUGGUCCUCCGGUCAAGCGAUUCGGAGUUAGCCGAGGGCAGAGGGUGCAAGAGCUUUUUUCUUGGCUCAGGGAAGGAACCAUGAAAUGUUUAUAUCCUCUUUAUUUUUUAAUUAUUAUUAUUAUUAUUAUUAUUGUUAUUAUUGUUAUUAUUAGUUAGAAAGUGUGUAGCCCUCAGGGGCUAUGGGCCAAAGCGCUAGAAAGUCGAACAGAAACCAAAAGGCAAGGAAGGGGAUCUCUCCAUUUCCUUGUUUUGUUUUUAAAUAUUAGCUGUUACAGGUAAGGACAAGUUCUCACGUUGGAGAGGACCAGAUUUAGGGUGUUCUAAGAACAUUCUUUUCUUUCCUUAAUGGAAAAAAUUGUUGAUGAAAAAGAGAAAAUUAAUGCAUAGGAACCUAUAAUUUAACAAUAACUCCCCGCAGGCCUCAAGGGAUUCCCCAGAGCUAUGAACUUGGAGGGAGAUUCCUACAAAUGCAGCUUGGUUUCAGGCCAUGGAAGGAUCCGUGACUCCCAUAAUUGUCCUUCCCAGUGGAAUUGGAAUCCUUCCAUCCCUAGGAUUGUCCUUCCCUACACCGAUGAUGCUGUGAUGCACACAUUUUGUCCACUCUUGUUGGAAACGCCGUGCGUGCCUAAUCAUUGGCUCUGAAAGGAUGCCAGUGGCUAGUGCUUCCAGGUGACCUAUAAAACAUCCAAGUGGUCCCACAAAAGCCACGAAGUCCCGAAGUCAGUCCUGGGGAGGGCAGAUUGUGCAACGAUCUCAAAUGGAUCCACUGGAGCUCCAAUGACAUUUGUCUCCGAUGACAUUUGUCUUGUGUUGGUUUUAAAAGCCGGAACUCUGCUGUCAACAGCGCCAGCCAUGCCCAGCCAAAUCAAACUAUUUCUAACACAAGAAGGGAAAAGGAGGGAACGUACAAAAUGGACGAUGGAGAGUACCUUGAUACAAGGAUGGAUUUUAUGUGGGUGCAAAGGAAACGCCCAAGCCAAACAAAGGCUGGCAUUUUUACCUGAUAAAAAUUUGGAAGGGAAAUGGGAAUUACAGCCCUGCUAACCUUCAAAUAUCAACCAUAUGACAUACCUAGAAUAUUUGAGUGUUUAUGCAAUGUAUCAUUCCUCCCCAUCUUUCUCUCUCUCUCAUCCAAGCAGAGUGAUCUUAGGACUCCUUAACAUGUACAAAAUCCCACAACUACUCUGUAUUUGAUGGGCUGCAGGACAGUAUGUGAACCGGAUCCUUUGAAACAUGUUUUGGGUUGGAGCCGAUAUGGGGCAAUAUGAAAUGUCUGUGCAUGGUGUCCAAUCAGUGGCGGCUCAGCAGAGACCUGGUGGAAAAGGUGCUAAGCUACAAAUCGGGAAGUUCCCCAAAUCCUGUCCCUUUCACCCAGUCAUUUGAAUCUCGGUCUAAUGUGGGUUACCAGCUUUAGUGUGAUUGUGUGAACGUAUGCCCCGGUGGGAAUCUUGGGCAUAACCCACGUUUGAGAAUGCCUAUUGCCAGGACUGCAGGAUUUUAGCUUCCUGCUAAAAAUGGCUUCCUGUUCAAUGCAGCAGGGGAAUAAUUUUGAGAUGAAAAGAAGAACUUAUUGAAUAAUGGAAGGAAACCAGGAAUUCAACAUUCCUGGGGCAAUUCAUCAUUAAUCCUGCUGCCAUCAACGGGUGGAAUUGGCAAACAAUAAGUCUUUUUUAGGAAUUAAAACCCCAGGAGCCCUGAAAGUUUCAGUAGUGCUUUGCCAAUUCACAAUGCGGGCGGGGGGGGAUCUGGGGUCCUUCCCAUCCCUAGUCCACCCUAGAGAGCCCAGUGGUGUCGUUGUGUGAUAGAGCAAAAGUCUGCCACAGGUCAGAGCGGGAAAGACACAAGGCUGGAAGGCAACCAGUCCAGCAGUGAUGUUGCAUAGAUUGCCCAUAAAAUGUGAGCAAAGGAGAGCAAUUCUAAAGCAAAAGGGCUGGAAUGGAAGCAACCCAGCGUCAUGGCCGUGGAAAGAACCAAUGCAAUUCUUUUCAUUGUGCUCCUUUUUCGUGGGCAAGGAGCCACAGGCUUGUGUGAAUUCAGAGUCCCCCUAUCACACUGCCGACGUCAGCAGGGCAAUCAUCAGAGCUCGGCAUUCUCACAAGAUGGCCGUUAAGUGCACCGUCGUGACCGAUUUCUCGACUUUUGCUCGUGCUGCCUGGGAACGGGCUUGAUUUGGUCGAUGAGGGCCAGAGAGUCCAGUAUUAAGAUUGCACGCUAAAAUUCAUUUUCUCAGAUUCCCUCAAGGCCUGCCAAUGUUAGCCCUUUGUUUUGUAUUUUUUUUUUAAGUAUUGUGUUUUGCGGCUUGUACAUUUGUGUUGUGUGGCCGCUCUGGAUGUCCCAGAAGGAAGCUCUUACUUGAAAAGUGUCCACCAAUUGGGAGGGUUUCCUGGACUCUUGAGGCUCCGCCCUGAGGAACAAGGGGCGGGGCCUGGGAGCUAAUGGGAGGUGCCUGGCAAUUCAGGGGUGGGGCCUAGUUGUGUUUGGCAGAGGCAGAAGAUAGUAGCCGAUGAGUCAGGAAGAGAGAACCUGGCUGUGCCCAGUAGCUUAGAGGAGAAGCAUGAAUCAAAUGUGGGCCAAAACAAGUGGUUAAAGUAGAUAAAUAACUCCCCCCACCCUAUUUUGUUUCUGUCUUCCCACCUUGAAAACUUACUCCACCUUCUCUGGAGACUCUGAGAAUGACUUUGAAACUUCAGGUCAAACCCUCAUUGUUGGACUACAACUUAUCUUGUCUUAUCUUCAUGACAAUUCAGAUGUGCGUCGUUUUGUGGAUGCAUUGGCUUUUGGGAUUGAUUUCAAACUUUUGGGUUGCUUCUAGCAGAAGCUCCUGGGUGUUGUGAUGGAUUGGUGCCACCUGCAAAUGGAUAGUUUCCCCCAUGGAACAGGUCUUUUCACACUGGAGUCCCUGACGUCUGCUGGGAGUUGUGAUCCAUCAACAUUUGGGGACCCACAUUUAAUUACUCCUGCCCUAGAAUUAUACUUUUCUUCGGAGGCAAAUAUCUGCCCCAGGGAGGAAUCGAAGCUUCCAAGAAGUGCACAGAAGGUUGUACUUGUUGAGAACCAAAAUCCAAACGCCUAAUUUGUUUUGACAUAUGUGUUCUCCAAGGACACUAAAAAGAAAUCCUUAAAAAGAUCAGACCAUGUAAAAUUAUUCCUUAAAUACUGCAUCUGCAAUAAAACAUCCAAAUUAAUAAUGAAUUGCAGUAUUUGUAGUCCAUUUGUGGUCUAUGGCUGCAUAACUUCAAUCCUCCUGCAGAUGUCAGAAUACAAUUAUCAUCAAUGUGAUGGGGGAUGAUGUGAGUUGUGGUCCAAAAACAGCUUGCAGGCCAAAGUUGGGCAGCCAAUCUAAAGCAGUGGUUCCCAACCAGGGUUCCUCCAGAUGUUGCUGAACUACAACUCCCAGCAUCCCCAGCCACAAUAGAUUGUAGCAGGGGAUGAUGGGAGUUGUCGUGAAAAAGAUCCUUUACAGAAUAUGUAUGUUUAGCAAUGCAAAUGUCGUGUAAGACACACUUGAAAAUGGCUAUUUAUGAGAUGCAAUCUGGGGGUCGCCCCAAAGCUGAGUGGAGAUUCGGCAGCCUUCAGUUGGGGUUCUAGACAUUUUUGUCUCCCUCGAGGCAAUCGAUGGAACUCAACUGGUCCCUCCCACCCACCCACCCCAACAGGGAUGCUUUUCUUCCCCAUCCAUUACAAUGCAGACUUUUGUCAGGUAAACCCAUCCAGCUCAAGCCUUCCAUGUCGAAUUGUUUGUAUUGUCCUCUGUGUGUGUGUGUGUGUGUGUGUUUUAAUUCCAAGAAGUGUGGACUCAGGUUGGUUUGUGUUGCUCUUUGCAUCCUGCCCCUCCGCCUUUUAUAAUCCGUAAAAGUCCAUGUAUAUAGAACUCCUUGCUUUGUGUGUGUGUGUGUGUGUGUGUGUGUGUGUGUGUGUGUGUGUGUAUUCCGUGUAUAUGUAUUUCUGUGUAUAGAAAGGGCCAAGGAAACUUUGAUGUGCAUGGCUUAUUUUGUAAAUAAACGGCUCCCCUGGCACCUAUGAUGGGA